UCCGGCUCCGCCCCCGCCUGUCUGUGUCCGCCGCUAUCUAUAAAGUUGUUGUUUUGCCAACAUGGCGGCGCCCAUAGUGCCAGGCCAGAGUGUGUUCACCUAAGGUGGGAACCCAGGCGUAAGGAGCCGCAGGCCAGAGCCUGUGAGCAGGGCUUUCCUACCUUCUGAAGAAUGGCUCCUUGGCAGAGACUGAGGUUUUAUGCCUUUCUUCUGCAAAGGCAGCUAAAUGGUGGGCCAGAUGUCAUCAACUGGGGAAGAGGAGUGAUUCCAGGAUGUUCCAGAGGUAUUUACAGUGCUACAGGAAAGUGGACCAAAGAGUAUACGUUGCAGACAAGAAAGGAUGUGGAGAAAUGGUGGCAUCAACGAAUAAAAGAACAGGCCUCCAAAAUUUCAGAAGCUGAUAAAUCGAAGCCCAAGUUUUACGUGCUUUCCAUGUUCCCGUAUCCCUCCGGCAAGCUGCACAUGGGCCACGUGCGUGUGUACACCAUCAGUGACACCAUUGCACGCUUCCAGAAGAUGAGAGGGAUGCAGGUCAUCAAUCCCAUGGGAUGGGAUGCCUUUGGUUUGCCUGCCGAAAAUGCUGCAAUUGAGAGGAAUCUACAUCCGGAAAGUUGGACGCAAAGUAAUAUCAGACACAUGAGGAAGCAGCUUGAUCGACUAGGUCUGUGUUUUAGCUGGGAUAGGGAAAUAACCACGUGUUUACCAGAUUACUAUAGAUGGACUCAGUAUCUCUUUAUUAAACUCUAUGAAGCUGGACUGGCCUAUCAAAAGGAGGCAUUGGUUAACUGGGACCCAGUGGAUCAAACAGUGCUUGCCAACGAGCAGGUGGAUGAACAUGGCUGUUCGUGGCGUUCUGGAGCAAAGGUGGAACAGAAGUACCUCAGACAGUGGUUUAUUAAGACAACUGCUUAUGCAAAGGCCAUGCAGGACACGCUAGCAGACCUUCCAGAAUGGUACGGAAUAAAAGGCAUGCAGGCACACUGGAUCGGGGACUGUGUGGGCUGUCACCUGGACUUUGCGUUAAAGGUUGAUGGGCAAGUCACAGAAGAAGAGCUGAGUGCCUACACAGCCACCCCUGAGGCCAUUUAUGGCACCUCCCAUGUGGCCAUCUCACCCAGCCACAGACUCCUACACGGGUGCAGCUCCCUGAAGGAAGUCUUCCAGAAGGCUCUGGUCCCUGGCAGAGAUUGCCUCACACCCGUGAUGGCUGUGAACAUGCUCACCCAGCAGGAGGUCCCUGUCAUCAUCUUGGCCAAAGCUGACUUUGAGGGCUCUCUGGAUGCAAAAAUAGGAAUCCCCAGCACCAGCUCAGAGGAUACCGUCUUAGCCCAAUCCCUGGGCCUGUCCUACUCUGAAGUCAUCGAGACCUCGCCAGAUGGCACAGAGAGACUGAGCAACUCUGCCGAGUUCACAGGUAUGAACAGACUGGAUGCAUUUCUGGCCCUGACUCAGAAAGCCCGGAGGAAGAGAGUGGGCGGAGACGUGACAAGCGAUAAACUGAAGGACUGGCUGAUCUCGAGGCAGCGGUACUGGGGCACUCCCAUCCCCAUGGUCCACUGCCCGGCCUGCGGGCCGGUGCCUGUGCCUCUGGACGACUUGCCGGUGACCUUGCCCAGCAUCACCUCUUUCACCGGAAAGGGAGGCUCCCCACUGGCCUCAGCUUCGGAGUGGGUGAACUGCUCCUGCCCUAGGUGCAAGGGAGCAGCCACAAGAGAGACAGACACGAUGGAUACCUUUGUUGAUUCUGCUUGGUACUACUUCAGAUACACCGACCCUCAGAACACUCAGAGCCCUUUCAGCACAGCGUUGGCAGAUUACUGGAUGCCUGUGGAUUUGUAUAUCGGAGGGAAAGAGCAUGCCGUCAUGCACUUGUUCUAUGCGCGAUUCUUUAGUCAUUUUUGCCACGAUCAAAAAAUGGUCAAACACAGAGAGCCUUUUCAUAAGCUGCUGGCCCAAGGCCUUAUCAAGGGGCAGACAUUCCGCCUACCAUCUGGACAGUAUCUCCAGCGAGAAGAAGUGGAUCUCACAGGUUCUGUUCCUGUUCACGUGAAGACAAGGGAGAAAUUAGAGGUGACGUGGGAGAAGAUGAGCAAAUCCAAGCACAAUGGGGUGGACCCCGAAGACGUCGUGGAGCAGUAUGGCAUCGACACCAUCCGGCUGUACCUCCUUUUUGCCGCCCCUCCUGAGAAGGACAUCUUGUGGGACGUGAAGACUGACGCUCUCCCCGGGGUGCUGAGGUGGCAGCAGCGUCUGUGGGCCUUGGCAACGCGAUUUAUCGAGGCCAGGAUUUCCGAGAAGGUUCCCAGGCCUCAGCUGUUGAGUAACAAGGAGAAAGCGGAGGCCAAGAAGCUGUGGGAGUACAAGAACUCGGUCAUCUCUCAGGUGACCGCCCAUUUCACAGAGGACUUAUCACUGAAUUCUGUGAUUUCUCAUCUGAUGGGACUCAGCAGUGCCCUCUCGCAAGCAUCUCAGAGAGUUGUUCUCCACAGCCCUGAGUUUGAGGAUGCUCUGUGUGCGCUGAUGGUGAUGGCUGCUCCCAUGGCCCCUCACAUAACCUCGGAGCUCUGGGCAGGUCUGGCGCUGGUGCCCAGGAAGCUAUGUCCCCACUAUGCCUGGGAUGCCGACGUGCUGCUUCAGGCCUGGCCAGCCGUGGACCCGCAGUUCCUCCAGCAGCCUGACGUUGUGCAGAUGGCAGUUCUGAUCAACAACAAAGCCUGCGGCAAAAUCCCCGUGCCCCAGCAAGUCGCCCAGGACCAGGACAAAGUCUAUGAACUGGUUCUCCAAAGUGAACUGGGUAUCAAGCUCUUACAGGGGCGAAGCAUCAAGAAGGCCUUCCUGUCCCCCAGAACUGCCCUCAUCAACUUCCUGGUGCAGGAGUGACUACAGGGAUGUUGCAGCUGCCACAGGACUCUGAGCUCCUCCUCCAGGUCUGGGAGGAAGAGAAGGAGCCUGGGACCCAUGGGCAGAGAAAGGCCCAGUGUCUUGAAUGUCUGCUUUCCUACUCUGAAAGGCUGGCAUCAACAGGGUACCUCUGCAGUAUGACCUGGUGCAGGGGUGAGGGUGGGUAUGGGCAGGGGAGAAAUAGGAGUGAGGGGGGAUGGGGCAGCCUGCACCUCCCCGCACUAUUGCAGGGUGGAGGAAGCCACCAGUGAUGCGACUGGGUGGGAGCAGAAAGAAGAGAAGUAAGUCCGGAUGAGCAAGAUGCAGACUGGGAGCUUCUGGACCCUGGAAAUGGCACAGCUUUAGGCUCGCAAGCCUAGAGUGAGGAAGCACCAGGGCUCAGGAGCAGCGUGGCAGGCACUGUCCAGCGGGUGGCAGAACUUUGACAUCAUGGUGGAUGGUCUCCCACCUUCAGGCUACGUGGAAAAACUGUUUGGGUCCUGUCCAAAUAUCCCCAUGUGGAGUGGACGCUGGGAUCUUCCGAAUUUGCUCAGAAGCAAAAGGCAAAUGGGGCUAGCCCUGCAACCAACUCCCACACCUCAGCCCUGAUAUCUGGGCGAAACACGGCUUCCCACUGUGAAUGUCUCCCUGGCAGCCCUUCCUAACCAAUCCCUCAGGGUGUAAAAUGUAGCAGAACCAAGCUGGUUCCAGUCUCAGAAGGAACCAACCUCGGUGCCUGCCACAGCCCAGCAGGGGUCUGUUCAUGUGCACCCCAGAUGGCAAUGCCGCCGUGAUGGUGGCCCCCCAGAGCCCAUCAUUAGGAAGAGCAAGCCCAGGCAGAGGGGUGGGACUGAUGCCACCCAGGCAUCGCCUUCUGUGUCCAGGCCAUGGCAGUCUGGCUGCCAGGGAGACAGCUGGGACUGGACCUAUGUCAUGUAUAUUAGGGUGAACCUAUGGUUUUGUGGAGUCAGCAGUCAGGUGCUCUUACCAGAACUGGCUUAAGACCGGUUACUAUGAAUGAGGGGAGGAGGAGGAGAAUCUGGCCGUAUUGUGAUGCUGAAAAUCUGUAUUUGUUCUCUGAUGCCUUCUUCUGAAGUAGCCUCAGAUGUGGUCCCCUGCAGUUCAGCAGUUAACAGAUGACUUUUUUUUUUUUUAAUGUAAUAAAAUGUUUGUCAUGUAU